AUGGUCGGGGAUCGAACCACCAACUUUCCGAUCAGUGGGUCGGGGGGGAUUCCUCUGGCCAGGAAGGUUUGUUAUGCGAUGGGUGGGAUCCCAUAUCAGAUCACUGCAGCAGCUAUGAGUGUUUCCCUGCAGAUCUUUCUUCUGGAUGUUGUGCAGAUGGAGGCCUCCUACGUCUCCAUGAUUCUGUUUGUGAGUCGGGCCUGGGAUGCUGUGACCGACCCUCUGGUUGGGUAUCUGGUGAGCUGCAGUAAAUGGACGCCCAUCGGCAAACUCACCCCAUGGCUGAUUCUCUCCACUCCGUUAAGUAUCCUGUUCUAUGUGCUGCUGUGGUUUGUGCCACAAGGAUCGAUGUCUCAGGCUCUCAGCGUGCUCUGGUUCCUCACAGUCACCUGCCUGUUCGAGACCCUCAUGAGUUGCUACAACGUUCCCUACCUCUCACUCAACAUGUUCCUGGGGGGAGAUCACAGAGACAGAGACUCUGCCACGGCCUACAGAAUGAGUGUGGAGAUGUUGGCCAUGCUGUUGGCUUCGGUCAUGCAGGGUCAAGUUGUAGCUGUGUACAACUCAGAAAAGCAAGAGGCCUGUCAACAUCUCAACCAGCCCCAUGAAACAACACCUCAAAGCACAUCUUUGCCACAAACUGCACCCCUUCAGGAAACGCAAAAGGCUUUCCUGACCUCAGCUCUGGUCAUGGGUGGCUUGUUUUUCCUCUGCAGCCUGGUUCUCUUCCUGGGGGUGAAGGAGCAGCAGGCCCCUCUCUGCCCUAAUGACAAAGUACGACCAUCGUAUUUGACCUCGCUGAAGAUGCUGAUAUGCCACAUUCCCUAUCAACGACUGGUGCUCGGAUUUGUAUUCAGUGUGCUUGCAUUUCAGAUGUCCUUGGGUAAUUUUGCACUCUUUUGCAGCCAUGCAGCUGGGCUGGGAGCCCAGUUUCAGCACCUCCUACUGGUUUUACUGGCUUCUGCAUCAAUAGCAGUUCCUCUGUGGCAAAUAGUUCUUCUUAGAAUAGGAAAAAAGGCCACUGUUUUCAUCGGACUAUCACUCUUCAUCCCAGCAGUGAUUGUAGUCGCCUGUGUUCCCAGUAAUCUGCCAGUCUUUAUGAGUAUGUGUGUUCUGAUGGGAUUCAGUGUGGCGACCAUAUUCUUGCUACCCUGGUCUAUGCUCCCAGAUGUUGUGGACGACUUUGCCAUGAAACAUCCGUCCUGCAAAGACUUGGAGCCGCUGUUUUUCUCCUGUUAUGCCUUCUGCAAUAAGCUGGCAGGAGGCUUGUCUGUUGGCAUCUCAACCAUGACAUUACAGUUUGUGGGCUACAGAGCGGGUGCAUGUAACCAUGGUGAAGAAGUGGUGACGGCUCUGAUAGUGCUGUUCUCACCAGUUGCAGUCGUACUUCUGCUGAUUGGCAUGGUGUUUUUUUACUCCUUCCCGAUCAAUGAGAGGCGAUGUUUGCAGCUCCAGGAACAACUGACCACAGACCAGUAA